CCUCGUUAAAGAUAAGUCGCGCUCGCUAGAUCUGCAUCGUGGCUGAUCUUUCUGAGGCGUCCUAUUGCCAAGUGCCAGCAAGCGGGAUGCGCGGUAUGCGUUUAAGUGGGCAGAUCCCCGCACCGAACAAUUCACGAUGAUCGUUGUUCAACGAAGUCUGCCAGCACUCCUUACCCAACAUGAUGUCCACACAUGGCAGCAAACGCAGCUCGCGCAAUCCAUACCGCGACUACGACGACAAGAUUCCUCCUACAAAUCCAUUCCUUGAUGGGAGAAUCGAAGAGGACAUGGAACACCGCGCCUCACCCGACCAAACCCAACUUUCACCUAUGUUUGUCGACUAUCUGCGCGCAAAGACCGCGGCCCCCGUCGACCUCGAAAGGAUAAACACCAAUACCAAAGUCAACGACAAGUACAAACGAUACACGUUAUCGCCUAUCGAUGGCAAGACAGAACGCUGCGACCGCACACACACUUUCGAUACAUUCGUCGACGCACGCAAAGUCAGUGGCGAUGCUGGGCAGACGAAGAAGGUUGGCCAUAGCUGGCAAGUUGCGAGGGCACUGAAGCGCGUCAUGAGCACCAAGGGGCGGGGCUCGCGGAAGAAUAGGCACGAUGAUGCGCUACCCGUAAGAAUGGCCGCCUGAGCCGAGGGGGAACGAAAAAUGGUUGUAAGUUUGCGAGCGAGCAAGUUCAUGUGAGGAAUCAGGACGGCGUCGCAUGUCGAUGAUCGUUCUGGCUUAGGAGGGGCUUUUAUGCUGUUGUAUUGUGUGGAGUUGUUGCUGGUGGUUGGUGUUCUUGUGUUACAUGCAUUCUCUCAAUACCCCUUUGUUCUUUCGCGUUUAAUUCUCCAUCUGCAGAAGUGGCUGGCGGCCCUCAGGCAAUUUAACAAUCUUUAUUCGAUUUGAUCUGUUGAAAUGAUAGAUACUUGUCAUUCACA